AUGACCGCCCAAACCUACCAUAGUGCUGUGUACGUAAAUUGUUUUCCUUUUCUCCUCACAAAAAAGUCACACAUAGGAGGAAAUCGGUUGUUUUUCGGUCGUUUGCGUUGGUUUUCCGAUGUAUUCUUUGUAUUUACGGUCCAGAUGAAGCUAAACAUGGAAAACCAGAACCAACGAUGGACCAUGCGGAGAAUGCUAGGUAUUGCGACGUUAGUGCUGUUGGCCGGACAAUGUUCUGCCUUUUACGUGCCCGGUGUGGCUCCGGUAGAGUUUAAAAAGGGUCAGAAGAUUGAUGUGAAAGCCGUCAAAAUGACCAGCACCCACACGCAGCUCCCAUACGAGUAUUACUCGCUGCAGCUAUGCUUGCCAAAGAAUGGAACGGUAGUGUACAAAAGUGAAAAUCUCGGCGAAGUUCUGCGCGGUGAUCGUAUCGUUAAUACGCCGUACGAGGUACGGAUGGCAGAAAACAUUCAAUGUAAAUUGCUGUGCAAUUCUAAGGAUCGGCCAAUGAAUUGGGAUCACGAACAAUCGGCCAAGGUGGCCGAACGGAUACGUCACGAAUAUUUUGUCCAUUUGAUCAUUGACAAUCUUCCCGUGGCAACAAAAUUUGUUAAUCCCGAUACGAUGGAACUGCAGUUCGAACACGGCUACCGUUUAGGCCAAACAAACGGUCCGAAUGUUUUCAUUAACAACCAUUUAAGAUUCCGGUUAUUUUACCAUCUGCACAGCGAGAAUCAGUAUCGCGUCGUCGGAUUUGAAGUGGAAACGCUUUCGAUAAGCAAAAACUCAUUAAGCUUCGAUGGUGACACUUGCAUUUUCCCAGACAAUCCUAAACCACAAGCAGUCACACCAAACGGCAGAACGGAGCUUUUCUUCACUUAUUCGGUGGUAUGGCAAGAGUCCUCCGUCAAGUGGGCCUCCCGAUGGGAUAUUUAUCUUGGCAUGAACGAUGUGCAGAUUCAUUGGUUCAGCAUCAUUAACUCGCUUGUCGUCGUAUUCUUCCUGUCAGGUAUACUUACGAUGAUAAUGGUCCGAACACUUCGUAGAGAUAUUGCGAAAUACAACACGGAUGAUAGUAUCAGCAUUGAGGACACUUUGGAAGAAACCGGUUGGAAGCUGGUGCAUGGCGAUGUGUUCCGUCCUCCACGACAUCCAAGACUUUUCGCUGCUGUCAUCGGGAGCGGUAUACAGAUAUUUUUUAUGGCACUCAUCACGAUUAUUAUUGCUAUGCUCGGAAUGCUGUCGCCUUCUUCCCGUGGGGCCCUGAUGACCGCCGGCAUAAUGUUGUACGUGUUCAUGGGCCUAAUCGCUGGUUACUUUUCGGCUCGACUUUACAAAACAAUGAAGGGUCGUAACUGGGAACGUGCUGCAUUUCUUACGGCCACGUUUUAUCCCGGUCUCGUUUUUGGCACCUGUUUCUUUUUGAAUUUCUUUAUCUGGGACAAGGACUCAAGCGGUGCCGUUCCGUUUGGUACGAUGGUAGCCCUGUUGCUACUGUGGUUUGGCAUAUCAUUACCGUUAGUAUUUUUGGGCUACUACUUCGGUUAUCGGAAGCAAGCCUUUCAACACCCGGUGCGUACGAAUAUGAUUCCACGUCAGAUACCGCAUCAGCACUGGUACAUGAACAUUUGUCUGUGCAUUCUAAUGGCCGGCAUUUUACCAUUCGGAGCAGUUUUCAUCGAGCUGUUUUUCAUCUUUUCGGCCAUUUGGCAGAAUCAAUUCUAUUACCUUUUUGGAUUUUUGUUCCUGGUAUUUUGCAUACUGGUCGUGAGCUGUUCCCAGAUAUCAAUCGUGAUGACGUACUUCCAGCUAUGUGCUGAGGACUAUCGAUGGUGGUGGAGAAGUUUUAUCGUUUCCGGAGGAUCCGCUGUGUACAUACUGUUCUAUAGCAUAUUUUACUUCUUCACGAAACUCGAAAUUACCGAAUUCAUACCGACGUUAUUAUACUUGGGAUAUACUGGUCUCAUGGUUGUAACGUUCUACAUUCUCACCGGCACGAUAGGAUUUUUCGCAGCGUACAGUUUUAUUAGAAAAAUUUAUGGAGCUGUAAAAAUCGAUUGA